UGAACAUGAACGUAUUUUAUAUAUAUAUAUAUAUAUAUAUAUUUUUUUUUUUUCUAAUUCAUUCAUUGGUCUUCAAUCUUCAGCUAAAAUUAUGACCGAAGGAAGGAAAUCAAUCACCAUCAAUGGCAAUAGAAUUCCCUGUUUAGAAAGAUGCACUUACUCACGUUAUUCCGUCAUUGUUAAUGUGGGAGAGCUCAUAGGUCAUGACUUCAAUCAGAACGAAUACUGGAAUGGAGUGAAUUUCACUGGAUUAACAUUUUUAUAUUCAGCUCCAAAGUUCAUGGAAUCAAGAGUUUUCAAAAGAACUGUAUUAGUAAAUCAUUGGGAAAAAUUAGUUGUGGUCGGUUGUUUGGCUGGAGUGGUAUUUGGGCUGAAUAUAUUGAAUAUUAUUGAAUUUAUCUACUUUUUCACUAUUCGAUUUUGCCACUAUAUAAUAAAAUAUUUCAAUUCUCUAGGCAACAAUAGAACAAUUGGAAUCAAUAGUAAUGUGGAGCAGAAAUCGAUGAGAAUCUUUGUUACAAGUCGUCCUAAUGAUACUCCCCUGUAA